AAGAGGCUUGUUGACUAUUUCUUGACGACAGUAAAUCAAGGCAAACAAACCAAAAGGAUCUUAUUCUGAAACAUUUUACGGGUAUUUUUUAAAAUCAUUAUGUGCUGAAAGGAAUAUUUUUGUACUGCAGCCUACCAAUCGAGUUCUACGACAACACAUUCGUACAUAAAGCGCAUAUUAAAUGCCAGUCAUGGAAAGACAUUUGCUCAAAGUUGCUAGUAUGGCCGGGACAAUAUUUAGGCCUAGUCGCCCACACAUUGUGAAUGCAGCUCUUGUCAUUUUAACUCUUGGUGUCGUAACGAACAACUGCAUGUAUGAUGAUGCUUUUGAUGUUGGUGUAAAUGUUGGACAUCACAUAAUGAGAAGGUCAUUGCCUGAAACUAAUGCUGUUCCAAAUAUUACAUACACAUGUAACAUUUCAACAUUGCCACAACCAACUGAAGACUACCCAGCCAUUCUGUUCAAAGAUGUCAAUUACAAUAAUUGCUCUAAGGGUGGAUUUUAUGUGAAGAUUAGGGCUGGACACUACCACACAUGGUGCAAGAAUGACAAUCUAGCAAGAAAGCGAGUAAUGAGGUUUUCCUCUAUACUUGUCUUGCCUGGACACAAUGUUACUUUCAAAGCCUGCUGCCCAAGUGGAAAUGAGUGGUAUAAGAUGGUGGAUGAUAUCAGCAGUACACCUGACUUGAACCACACUGUUUUCUAUAACUCUAAGCUGAGUGGAAACAAAGGCAUUUGGUAUACAAGUUGGUUGCAUUGGGACACUUCGUUCUUCUUGAAAGUUGAAGACCAUUCAAAUGGAACAAUGCUUAGUGACAGUUGUGGCAACUGUUACUUUGGCUCUUGUGGAGCAACGGGGAAGUGUGAAUGUGCUCCAGGUUACAGUGGAUCUUCCUGUGGAACACGUCCAUCAAAUCUUACAUAUCCCUCACAACAACAUCCGCUUGUCCUGUAUACGGAGACGAAUUUUGCUGGAACUGCCACGCACGUGAAGCCUGACGAAUUCAAGGUAUUUGCCGCCAAUCGCAGGUAUGCUCGUGAGAUUUACUUCAAAUCGCUCCGUGUAUUAUUUAACCGCACGGUUAUUUUUGCGCGAAAUGUUGUUUUUCCGACGAACUUUUAUAACGGCAACGAUAUCGAGGACAUCGAAGAAUUCAUGAACGCAAACACCGAGACUGCCAAUAGACUCUGGUUCAACUAUGAAGCAAGCAUUGAAGCGGAUUUUGCCGUAAAAAUAGACGGAAAUCCACGUUGUGAUAACUGCAGUUCCGUUGGCGGAGUUUGCUACACUGGCUUUUGUAAUUGUAUGUCUGGCUACACAGGGGCGAACUGUGAAACUUCAGUGUAAUCCUUUUUCGAACCUAUUUCUUAUGCACGGUCAUUUGGAUACAACGCAGCAGUCUUGUGAAGCGACGCGCGGACAGAGCUCCGCGCAUUCCAUUGGUGUAAAUAUUCCUGAAAGCGCAUUGCUUCUUCAACAUUCAUUUCCCUGUCAAUGUAAUGGAGGCGUUCAGUUUUUGUACAAUGUAUGUUACUUUUGCAAACACGUUUUUAGCAAGUUCAAUACUCUUCAGUAGUGAUAUAAAAAUGGCAGUUCGCAUAGUGAUUGGAUAGACUUAACGUUUUCAUUGGGUAUCGGAUACUGGAAAAGCUUCACGGAGAUGGUCACUGCCUGUCGAUGGUUUGGUUGCACUAACCCACGGUUACUUGUGAUAGCUAAUGAGUUAAGGCUGUUAAUUUAUUUUUACAUUUAACAUUGUGAGGACAGUGAAUGAAACCAAGUUAUUUUGUAGUAUAUCUAUCGAUCAAAACGCGUGUGUCAGCCAAAUUUCUGCAGGACCUCCUUAUGACUUUGUCACUGACCCGAGGGUUUGCAAAAUUACUUUCACCUUAGAUCCUUUACCUCUGCGCUGGCGCAAAAAUGCUUUUACACUGAACUACUGUCAUUCCUUAGAUUUCAAAAAUAAAUUUAGGCCAACGGUUCAGCCUAGUAACUUUUACUGCUUGGAGAAAAUGUGUGACAGCAUUUUGUUACACUAAUUAUGAUGAUUAUAUUGACUACUAACAUUCUGAGUGUUUAUUUAUAUGAUUUUCUAAGAUAUUCGUUGAUGUGAAUAAGUUAACGUGGUUUUGAUAUAUAAUCUGAUUUGUGAGAUAACCUUGAUCGUUAAAUGAACGUUGCUCUUUGCUA